UUUUGGAGAAAAACACUUUAAAACUUCAAAUAUAGAGUUUGCAAAACUCUAUAAUAGAGAGUGUUUUUAGAGAUACUCUAAUACCCAAAACUGAAAACUUUUUUUUCUUUGUUGAUAUCUAAUAUUAGUUUGUAAUUUCUAUUUUCAGUUGGUAUCAAACAGAGUUUCGUAUGAGAAUUGGAUGACGGUUUACAAUGGUGAUUUCUAAAACAAAGAGAAGAGUUGUGUUGGGGAAGACAAUGCCAAGUCAUGGGGGUGAUUGGUAGUUGCUGUAGGUGCUGUCCACAGUCCUAUUUAUUUUUACAGCACCAAAUUCAGAGCAAUCAAGCUUUAAAUUUUUUUUUGAAACCACAGCUCUUGAAAUAACCUACAGCUGUACAAGUGCUCUGCAGAGUCAAAUAUUCAAAGCAAUUUUUUAGUGUUUUAUAUAAAAUUCUACAGCAAUAAAAUCUAAAGCCACAGCAAAAAAUCUACAGAUUUUUUUCUACAGUUAAAUUUUUAAAGCUACAACUAUUACAGCAAUAAUGUCGAUUGUCGGUGGAAAUUCCGGUCGGAUAUGUAUAGAGAAUGAAAUAUUAUGAAAUAUUUCUUAUUCAUACAUGGUGAGUAGGAAGGUUGGGUUUUGUACAAUGCCGUUGACUAUAAAGUCCUUUACAUAAAUAGACUUAAACUUGUUUCCUUAAGUGAUCAGGUUGGUUCUACUCACAUGGCGAUGAUAAAAUCGCAAAAUAAAAUGUAAGAAUUAACCUUAUCCUUUUUUAGGAUUCAUGAUCGAUUCUUUGCGUGGAAUUCGGAUCCUAUACAUAAUUGUUAGAUCUCUCUUACAAAGGACAGAAUCCUAUGAUAAAUUAAAUGAGUUAGAAAAUAUUUAAGCAUGUUAGGACUUAUUCAGAUCCAGAUUUGGCAGAAGACUAAAUCAAUUUGACUAGACACGAAAAAUAUAGAUGUAUUAAACAGCUUAUAAAUAGGGCAUGGCUAUGCUUCAGAGGUACACACAACACAGAAUGACGAAAUGGAAUGUGGUCAUGGUGGUAAUGAUUGUGAUGGUUGCUGCAAUGGGAGGAGAAGCAAAGCAAAUACGCCAAAGGACUUGGAUAGGUUGCUUUCGAUAUUGUUCUCGCAAUUGCAGCGAUACCGACGGAAAUUGCUAUGAAGGUUGUAAGAUCAGAUGUGGUGGUCCAACUCCUACAGAAACAAAUUCAAGGUAGAGCUUUCUUUUUCCGAAUUUUUUGUUCUUGUGGAUUUUGGAUUUUUGACUUUUUAGUUACUGAUUGAGGACUGAGGACUUUAUAUUAGGAAGGAGUAAUAUCAGAUACAUUUAUGCAUGAGAAACAUUUUACAGCUAGCAUAAUUUCCUAAGUAUUGCAAUUAUAGUGAGAUCCUUGUACUUCAUCUACCUAUUCUUAAUGUCUUACUUGAUCUUCUAAAUCGUUCUACAUGAAUAAGUGUAUGAAAUCAUACCUAGUUUAGUAGUUUUUUAUAGAUGAUUUGAAACAAUUUCUACGUCGUUUCUGGUUUGGAUGGUAGUAAAAUUUAUCACUAAUUUUCUAAUAUAUUUUAGUUUUAAGUUGGAAGUUUUUUAAGCUCGGUUAUGAUACUGGACUAGAGUUCAGGUUUUCAGUGUAAGAAACUAUAUCUAUUUUACCAUAUCAUCGACAUGGUUACGUUUUUAAAUCAAUUUUUUUUUGUCUGGACCGGCUUUAACCCAAUUUACAUAUAAUCUAAACUGAACACCUCUUUUUUUUCAUUAAUCUCUUAUAUAUUAAAUGAGAAGCAUUGUAAUAAAUGCGUUCAAACUAAACUGGACAUAUGUCACGUGUAGAAGCCUUGUAAUAAAUGCGUUCACACAAAAAUGGACACAUGUCACAUGUAGAGAGUUUUUCACCCAAAUUCUAUAUAAAUAUAUUUACACUAUGUACUUUAAGUUUUUUAAAUAUAAAACUCACAUGCAUGGUUUUUCUUUACGUUAUUUUUACUGUUUAUGAAUAGAGCUGGACAAAUUAUUCAUAAAUUUUGAUUCGAUUCGUUAUCUGUUUUGAUUUGAAUCGAAAAAUCCGGAUAUCCGUUACUCUACGAAGUAAAUCAAAUACUAAAAUACAAUGUUCAUUAAAAAAAGCAAAUCACAAAUAUCAUAUUUAUAGGAACGGAUAUUCAAUUUGAUCCGUUAUAUGUAUAUAUAUACAUAUAUUUAAAGAAUUAUAUAUAAGUUAUAUAUUAUAGUUUAUAUAAAUUUUACAAUAUUUUUGUUUUUAAAUAAUUUCAUUUUAAGAAUUUUAUUUUUCAUGUAUUAUUUUGAAAAUAUCAUUUAAUAUUAAUUAACAGUAUCUUUAUAAAUUUAUCAACCAUCUUUAUAUACUUUUACAUACAUGUACACAUUGACGUGGGUACCUUAUAACUAACUAUAUACCACAACAUAAAUAUCUAAUUUUUUUGGAAGUUAAAGUAUUCUUUUUUUCUUAAUGCUUCUUUCACUAUCGACCAAAUUGUAGUAAAAUGAUUUGUCUUAAUAAUUUUUUUGUUUUUAACUAUUAUCCGUUUAGAAACUAUAAUAUGAAACCAUUGGUUCGACAUCACGACUAUCUAAGAUUCAUAACAUGAAAACAAACAAAAAAUAGUAAUUUUUGAUUAUCAAAGAAAAAAAAAAACCAAAAACAUCAAACAUUUUAGCCGAACAAACCAAAUAAAUAUUAAUUUAAAAUGAUAGUUAUAUUUUAGAAGAUUAAAAACCAAAAACCAACCUAAAAUCGAACUGAUAUCCAGAUUAAACAGAUUAAUGUCUCCUUAUUAAAAAAUAACGAAACUAAUAAUCACAUUCCAUUCCACAGGUUAUUACCUAGUUCUUUGUAUUAUUGUGAUACUGUCACAUAUAUGUAUUCAGUCUCAUACACACAUAGUAUAAUUGUUUGUUUAUUUCUUAAAAAAAUUUAAAUAUUCUAAAUGAGUAGGAAUUUACAUGGGAAGAAUCAUUCGUACACUGAAGAUAAGGAGGUUGGCGGAAACAGAAACUAAUAAAGAGAGCUCUUGCGGAGACCAUAAACAUUACUAUUCGCGUUUUUCCUUCUACCAGGUUCCUUAGUUUGUGCUUGUGUGACUUGUGUUUGUGUAACUUAAGCUAUAUGCGUGAAGACCCGAUAUAUGUUUUGAAUAAACUGAAACACUCAUUUGUCA